AUUAAAUGGCCAUUUUUCAUCAUCUACUGUUCCUUGCAUUUCCCAUGAUUGUUUUUGCUGCCUAAUCCAAAAUUGAAGGCAAGGUAUUGUAUUGUAAUGCACUCUCCUUUAUUUUUUAAAGAAUUACAAAGAGAAUUUGUACAGGAUGAUCCAAUUCUCAAAGUAACACUCAAUUAUGGAUAAUACGAAACAUACACCUAAAAAAAUGGGAUCUUUGCAUUGUACACUGUUCAACAUUAUUGUUAGUUAUAAUAUUCCAAAUGGUAGAUACUUCUUAGAGAUUCAUUCUAAAUAUUUUGUUUAUGAAUCAGCAUUUAUUGAUGUAUACACAAGCAAUAAAGGUACAAAUGUUUCUGUGUCAAAAAUUCACCCAAUAUCAAGAUAAAAGCCUAAAUAACAAUAAUAAACUAAAUAAUAAAGAAUACAAACAAGGGAUUCAAUGCUAUUUGAGAUCAUCUAAAGAAAAGAUUACUUUGAAGUAAUUGCGUAUAAAAUAUUUCAAUAGAAAGAGGAUGAGUUGAGCUUAUCAUCAAUCUAUCAAAAUUAGUAUUUCUUCAUGAUUGCAAUAACUAUUGCAAUGUUAUUCUUUGUUAAAAAAAUGCCAAUAGGUAAAAGUAGAUUUAAUUAAAUACACUAGAGGAAUUACAAUCAGCAGAAAGAGCUCCAUAAUAAUAGUGAUUAUUAAUAUUGUAUAUAUAUAAAACGAUGG